UUCAGUCAUUCGGAUUCAUUCAUCGUCGGCACGCGCGUACCGUCCGUACACCCAUAAUACCGUCCGCGUACCUGUCGGUCGACUAACUGUUACUCGUAUCGUAGGUGAACUUAAAAUAAUAUGUAUAAUAUUCGUAAAAGAAAAUUGUUGCCCGCGUUCAAAUUGUAAAUAUAUUAUGAUUUUAAAAUAAUAGUCCCUGUAAUUGAAUGCCUAUAUGUGCAAAAGGACUUUCGUUUAAACGUCGUUUUCUGUGCAAAACCAAUGACGUGAAUAGAAAUUUUCAGCCGCGGUGAUCUACAUCGGUCAGGGGAAGAGGGGACAGAGUUAACCUCCGCAUACCUCGUGAGUCAAAUCGUAUCUUGUCUCGAGUAGGCGCCGCGCCGCUGAUAACGAUGCUUGUUGGUGUGAAAUCCAAGACGAACCGAGCCACCUCACGUCAUAUUUAUUAUAACUACCUACUUCGAUACACAUUUAUGUCGGAGUGGUUUUCGUGUUUUUUCCAAGUAGUACAGUUAGACUGACUGAGAUUGCACCCGAACAGAAUAUGGACUUGGACAGCACAUCUCCACCGUCGUCGUCGAGAGUUCCGCCUCCCGCUACAACGCCGUCGGUGCAGGUGCCCAACAGGGUCAAGCGGCCAAACUUGUUGCACCUGUCCAAUACCGGAUAUAACGGCAGCGUCGAUGACCGUCACAACGCCGACCAAAGCGACGCCCUUCUGCUGUCUCCGCUGUCCGACGACGCACUGCUGUCUCCCAACCCUGACGCAGCCGCCGCCAAUGUCGACUACCCUGCAAUCCUGUCCAACGGACAACCAGUCACGAUUUCAGUAACUAAACACAAUUCGAGAAAGUCGCAUCUGUCGUCGCCGUCGGUGUACAGGAAGGCCAAACGGAGGGCGCUGUACAAGAAUGGCGAGUGCAACAUCGUCCUGGAAAACGUGUCGAAACUUCGGCGGCGGUACAUGCAGGACCUGUUCACCACGCUGGUGGACGCGCGAUGGCGAUGGACCCUGUGCGUGUUCGUCAUGAGUUUCCUGCUAAGUUGGCUCGCUUUCGGCAUCAUCUGGUACCUGAUCGCCUUCACACACGGCGACCUCACGCCCGAGAACAUCGACAACCCGGCGUGGUCGCCGUGCGUGAUCAACAUGAAAACGUUCAUGGCAAGUUUCUUGUUCAGCGUGGAGACGCAGCACACCACGGGGUUCGGUUACCGCAUGGUCACGGAAGAAUGUCACGAGGCCAUAGUGUUUUUCUGUUUCCAGAGCAUCGCCGGUUUGAUGAUCCAAGCGUUCAUGGUGGGCAUCGUGUUCACGAAAAUGGCACGUCCAAAACAACGCAGUCAAACAAUUAUGUUUAGCAAGAACGCGGUGAUAUGCCGAAGGGACGGGCAGCUGUGUCUUAUGUUCCGCGUUGGUGACAUGAGGGAAAAGUCGCAUCUGAUCGGCACCACGAUCCAGACCAGACUUAUAAGAUCCCGAGUGACGCCGGAAGGAGAGAUAUUAUCGCCACAUGUUACGUAUUUGAAGAUAAACGUAGACGACCACGACGAACGCGUAUUCCUAAUGUGGCCGACCGUGGCCGUACAUAAGAUCGACCAGGACAGUCCACUAUACGGGCUGAGCGCGGCGGACCUGUUGAACGAGAGAUUCGAAGUGAUCGUGAUCCUGGAGGGCACCACCGAGUCCACGGGGCAGACUACGCAGGCGCGGACGUCGUACAUGGCGUCAGAAGUCCUAUGGGGCCACAGGUUUCGCCCGUUGGUCAAAUAUUGCAAGACGAAAUUGAUAUACGAAGUCGACUACUCGCAGUUCCACGACGUGUUCAAUGUCGACACGCCACUGUGCAGCGCCAAAGAUCUUGAAACGUACUUGAUGAUCAACGAGCCGAAAGUCAUAGCGUGAUUCGUCAAUCGUUACCACCCACGUUUACGUAUAAUGCAAACAUAUUUAUUAUUAGAUUUUCCUCAACUUUUAUAACCGUGAAAGUGUGAAAUCUUUACUUAUUAGUUAAAUUUAAACAACGUUAUUGGCACGAUUUAUUUUUAUAUAUAUAUAUAAUUGCUGUACAUACAAUUUUUCUAAUUUAAUAAUCAUGACUUUUAUGUAACAAUAUAUCUUUAUAGCGAGAAU